AUCAGUGCUAAAUGGUGUUGUUCUGUUCUCUCUGUUAGGACUCACGCACUUCAUCUAGGCAGCCUUUAGACACUGCAGAAUUGACAGUGCCAACUAGCAUUGGACUCUUUCAAGAUGAGCUUCCUCUUGCCCAAACUGACCAGCAAGAAAGAAGUAGACCAGGCGAUCAAGAGCACUGCGGAGAAGGUCUUGGUUCUCAGGUUUGGGAGGGAUGAAGACCCCGUGUGUCUGCAGCUGGAUGAUAUUCUUUCAAAGACUUCAGCUGACCUGAGUAAAAUGGCUACCAUCUACCUGGUGGACGUGGACCACACUCCAGUUUAUACACAGUAUUUUGACAUCAGUUAUAUUCCCUCUACCGUAUUUUUCUUCAAUGGGCAGCACAUGAAAGUAGAUUAUGGGUCGCCGGAUCACACUAAAUUCGUAGGAAGCUUCAAAACCAAACAAGACUUCAUAGAUUUGAUUGAAGUCAUCUACCGGGGAGCAAUGCGAGGAAAACUUAUUGUUCAAAGUCCUAUUGACCCCAAGAACAUACCCAAAUACGACCUCCUCUAUCAAGACAUUUAGCACUCGCUGCUGUUGGAGAGAAGAGAGGCACAGGCUGAAACAGAACCUGAACCCAGAGAGCCUGUGGUCUGGAGUCCCUCAGAGACAUGCUCACUGCCUGAGCAAGGAGGUUUGAUAGGUCUGUAAUCAACGGCCCCUCUGCAGAAGCCCCAGUGCUCCCAGAAUGGAGAUGCCUGAGUGUCCAUUCUCUGAGAGCCUCAGAGCAGUGAGCGAGUGACAGGUGGCGUUGUAACGUCCCUUUAUCUUGACUUUCUUUCCCCCUUAAGGUCAAGCCUCCUCCUAGGCGCUGUGAGAACAGCUUGGCCAUGUUUGUGCACACGGGCUCUCCUGGGCCUCCAUUUACUCAUUUACUUGCCCCUUCUGCUCCCUCCUAUCCCAGCUCCUCUUGAAAUAGUUAAUACUUAGAUGCAGGGGAGUUCAUUUGUUUCCUCACAGACUGAAAGCAGAACCCGCCCACAUAUUUACAGCUGGCAGGUCGUUAAUUGACAAGAGAAAAAUGUGGCUCUCCACCACCCAGCACAGUUUGAGCUAAAUAACAAGUUAACUGCCCUUGGGAAGUAAGGGACAGGGCUCCCCAGAAAGCAGUGCCACCACCCCUUAUUUCAAGGACUCAAGGCCAAAAGGGUAUCAGAUUGUUAAGGGAGCAAUGCCUUGAAGGUUUGCUAUUCCAAGGGCUUUUGCAGAACAUGACCCAACCUCAGGAAACUUGUGUUUCUCGUAAGCCUGUGGUAGUGGUUGUCCCUGACACUAGAGUGAGAGAGCAGGGGCAGAGCUGGAGGGCUAUGGCCAGGAAGCUUGUGACCUGCUGGGCAGCAAGGGACUUGUUGACAGCAGAGGCUCACGUGUGUGGGAGGCAACACUGUCACCACAGGGCCAACCCUGGCAUUAGCUGCUUACUACUAAGCUUGUCCUUUAGAGAAAAGUGAAACAGGACCUGGUUCUGACAGAUGUGGCACAGAAAGAAGGUUGUUUGGGUUUUCUGAGUCCUCUGCUUAAAGCUGAGCAAUGCUUCAGGGAGGUGCAGACAGCCCUUUCCCACCACCUCCUUAGGAUGCCUGGGGCUGUGACAGCCACCCUGGACACGUGGGAUGAAGAGUUAGAGAUCGUAAGAGUCAGAUCCCUGAUGUUACUGAAGUCCUGGGUGAACGAUAAACUCUCCUCCAGUCCCUAUGAUGGAAUAAAAGGUCUUUGUCCAACUGAC